AGACCUCAAAGGCCUUUCCAACAGUCUCAGAGUGAAGCCAGAGUGUCCUAGGCCCCGACCCACCCACGACCCUUCCAGAGCGAGGCUCUUGCCUCCAGACCGAGCCCCCCCUCUCCCGCCCCCCAAUCACCAAAGACCAAAUUUCCCUCAGGUUCUCAGAGAAAGGAGAGCAAGGACAGCUUCAUGAGUGAGGUGGGAGAGGUCACCCUUAAGGAGGUGACCGCCUCAGUCUCCCCUCAAGCAGCGCAGAAACUCCUGGUUUCCUUGGGAGGCAGAGAUCCUCCCCAGGCCCCAGUUGCAGGCAACCUCAGCGGAGAUGCCAUUCCCAAGAACACCGCGGCAGCAGGCGCCAAGGGAAAGGUGCCCCAAAAGGUCAUCGCCAAGAGGGUUCGAGGUUCCGUCAAGUGGUUUAACGUGAAGAACGGGUACGGUUUCAUCAGCAGGCAUGAUACCCAGGAAGAUGUGUUCGUACACCAGACGGCCAUCACCCGAAACAAUCCUCACAAAUACCAACGCAGCGUGGGCGAUGGCGAAACAGUCGAGUUCGACGUGGUGCAGGGCGAGCGGGGCACCGAGGCGGCUAACGUGACCGGGCCAGCUGGUGCCCCGGUGCAGGGCAGCCGCUACGCAGCCAACCGCCCCCGCUUCCGCAGGGGCUUCUACAUCCGCCGCCGCGCACCGACCCCGCGAGGUCCCAGGGGCGCUGAAGAGGACGUGGACGAAGGUGAGUCCAGUGGCGAAGGCUUCACCGAGGCCCAGGGCCAGAGGCGCCGCCUGCCUGGCGGACCACAAGACCAAAGGCUGCGGCGCUUCCCGGCCUUUCGCAAGGCCUCCGCGGUGUUCCGCCGCCCCUCAAUCCUCGCUCCCACCAGCGGCCCGCGGCCCGCCCACCUGCCCGGAUCCACCCCAGCCUCAAGGUCCGAGGGCGCCCCGCGGCGGGGGCCUGGCCCCAGCUACCUGCUGAGUCGCCCUAGGGGCCGAGGCACGGCUCCUGGUCCAAGACCCUCAGGGGGCAUCUCUGCGGAGCUGGAGGCAGAAGACAAGGAAAGCGGGCGUGAGGGCAGCGGUCCGCAGCAGAAGCCUCCGCCGCGCUAUGGAUCCCGCCGCCCCAACAACCCACGCCGCCGCCCGCAGCAGGCGCCUGGUGCCCAGGGCCAGGACACCGUGGGAGCAGAAGCCAAGAUCGGGAAGAGCAAGAGCAGCGGCGCUGAGGAGGAGGACGCCUUGGUCUCGGUUGUCCCCUCUGCCGCCCAGGCCGAGUAGGAAGCAACAGCCUAGCUCUCUCCCCAGGGACUCCCAGGCCUGGGCUGCAGGGGAUGUCCCCUUGAGGAGAUGAUGGCCUUUAAUGCAAUGCAGUCCAAACAUCCACCUUGACUGUUAAAUUUGUGCUUUGAGAAAAAUAAAAAAUACAUGCACCUUCCCCAAGGUUUGAGGAUAAACUACAAGAUCUAUCUUUCUAAAUUUCCUCUUACCAUCUGUAUUGGUAAUUUCUGUAUACACACACACACACACACACACACACACACACACACACAUUCUUUUAAGAGAUCUGACCAGGACCACAGCUAUUAUUCUGUGUCACCAGGGGAAUUAAAGUACUUACAAAAAUAAUUUUCAUUUUUAAUACAAAAACAGAUGAUCUGAUAGUGAAGAUUAUUUUACAUUGCUGUGUGAUAUUACUCAUCUGGGUGGUCAUUUUCUCAAUAAAUCAUUUCAUAUUGC